AUGGCGACGAACUCGCUUCCUAGCUCGGUGUCGCCAGCCCUGAAAUUCCAGGUGGUGGCGCAGCAGGGUCGCGCGCGCACGGCUCUGAUGACGCUGCCGCACUAUGUCGUGGAGACCCCAGUUUUCAUGCCCGUGGGCACCAAGGGCACGGUCAAGGGCUUGACCACCGAGCAGCUGCAGGAUCUUGACUGCCACAUCAUCCUGGGCAACACCUACCACCUGGGCAACCAGCCGGGCCACGAGCUGGUCAACUCGAUGGGCGGCCUCCACGGCUUCAUAAACUGGCCGCGCGGCAUGCUGACAGACAGCGGCGGCUUCCAGAUGGUGUCGCUGCUGCACCUGGCUGACAUCACCGAGAGCGGCGUCGAGUUCCAGUCGCCGGUGGACGGCAGCCGCAUGCUGCUGACGCCGGAGGAGAGCAUGGCGAUCCAGAACGGCCUCGGGGCCGACAUCAUAAUGCAGUUGGACGAUGUCGUGCCGGCCACCAACGUGGACCCCCAGCGGUUUGAGGAGGCCACGUACCGCACCACGCGCUGGCUGGACCGCUGCAUCAAGGCGCACAGCCGGCCGAACGAGCAGAGCCUGUUCCCCAUUGUCCAGGGCGGCUUUGACGUGCGGCUGCGGGACAUCAGCCUGCAGCAGCUGGUGGAGCGCGACUGCCCGGGCUACGCGAUCGGCGGCCUGGCGGGCGGCGAGGGCAAGGACGUGUUCUGGCGCGUGGUUGCCCAGAGCACGGCGGGGCUGCCGCCGGGCAAGCCGCGGUACGUGAUGGGCAUCGGCUACCCCCUCGACAUCGUGAUCUGCAGGUGGGCGGGCGCGCGCAAUCGGACGGUACGCCGCACACAGACGGGUGCGUGA